AUGCUCGGCCCGUUCCCUCGGAAUCGCAGGUCAUUUUACCUGCUACUGGCCUGCGCAGCAACCUCCAUAUGCUUCAUCAACAUCCUAUUCCUCACCCAUGUUGUCGACAACUCUGUGAUCCGCCUCCCUAAUCUGAGUCUCUUCGCCGCAACAACAAAACCCGUGUUCGGAGAGUAUGCGCACGAUGAACACCCUAUCGCCGACCUGAUGAGGGAAGCGAAUCUAAAAUGGCUGAAAUAUGAUAAUGGUCGCUCAGCAAGUUUCCGCCGAACAGUCGCCAAAUACCGUGAGACAUAUGGACGACACCCACCUCCCGGUUUCAAGGAAUGGUACAUGUUCGCACGCAAAAAGAAGGCGCAUAACGUGGACGAUUUCCAGCAGAUUACGGGCGAUUUGCGGCCUUUCUGGGCAGUUCCUCCGGCUGAAAUCCGACAGAUGGCAGCAAAACUACAAUCCAGCGACGGCAUUGCAGGUGUGCAAAUCCGCAAUAAGAAGGUUGUUUACUCCCCUAUUGAGGGGUGGAGAGUUGAAACACUGCGGAAGUCGAUUAAACGCAUUGCUCGGUAUCUUCCGGACAUGGAUAUUGCGCUUAAUAUUAUGGAUCAACCGCGAGUCAUGGUUUCGUUUGAGGAUACCCAGGAAUACCUCCGCACCGAAGCCCUCACCAGAAGCUUACCCAGCGAUGCGCAGGAUCGAUUCACUCCAGGCAUGAACCAUCUGUUUAAAAAGGGUUCCAGCAUCGAUGAUCAUGUUGACCCGUCCUGGUUCUCGAUUGCUGGAAAGCUAUACAUGGACUUCGCUAAGGAGUCCUGUGACCCUCACUCUCCCGCUCGGAAUGACAAUCUCACUGUAGAGGAUGCCGAUAAGCUAUACAAAUCGCCCUCGGGUGGGUUUGUCACUAACUUCACUGCUUCCUCUGAUCUUUGUACCGUCGGUCCCGUUCUUGGGGAGAACCAUGGGUUCUUGUUCUCGGCAUCCAGCAACCUUAUCACAAGGAAACUGAUCCCAGUCUUCAGCGAGUGCAAGGUUAGCGUGAACAACGAUAUCCUUUUCCCUGCGAAUAUGUAUUUCAUGAACGACAAGCGGUACGUGUACAAUUCGCGACACGACUAUGACUGGAAAGACAAAUCGGACACUCUCCUCUGGCGCGGCGUCACCUCUGGGGGUGUUCAACUUGCAGAUAAUUGGCAGCAUAUGCACCGCCAACGCUUUGUGCACAUUACCAACAACACUAGUAUGAGAUCAGAGACGGUCUCUAUCCUCUCCGAGACCAGCCUGGGGCAGUAUCGUGCUUAUCCCAACUUCUACCCAAGCAAAUUUUCACUGGACCACUUCGAUGUCGGCUUCACCGAGGCUUGGGGCUGCAUCCCGAACUGCUCCUUCUACGACGAUAUUUGGACCUACAAAAAGCCGAAGGAUUUCAGCGAACAGUUCAAGGCAAAAUACCUCAUCGACAUUGACGGUCACAGCUUCUCCGGUCGGUGGCGCGCCUUUCAGCUCAGCAAAUCCCUGGGGAUCAAGGCAACUAUUUUCCGAGAAUGGCAUGACUCCCGGCUCUUCCCCUGGCGUCACUUCGUCCCCAUGGACAAUCGCUACGAUGACCUAUACGGAUUAAUGACCUACUUCCUUGGUCUAGAUCCACAGGCAUCCCCGGUGGAUGCGUUCUCGGUUAACGAGCCGUACAUCCAGAAGCAUGACUUUGAGGCUGAGGUGAUUGCAUCUCAAAGUCGGGAAUGGGCGCAGCACGCGCUACGCAACGAAGAUCUUGACAUCUAUCUCUAUCUUCUUCUCCUCGAGUACGGACGCAUCAUCGAUGACAAUCGCGAUAACAUUGGGUACAGUGGCGACGGAAGUGAGCUGGACCACUUUGACGAUCAAUAUCCUUUUUCUUCGGCAAUACCGAAUAUCGUCAACCCUCCUCCUCCCCCCGAGCACUGA